CGCCCUCCCGCGAGGCUUCUUCCGGAACACAGCCCUCCCCCCCAGUCCAUGCGGAGUCGUCGCCGCCGCCGGCACCGCCCCCUCCGCGCACCCGCGUGCCGUCUGUCGCCACCGCGUGCCGCCGUCGUCCCGCGCCGCUGCCGCCGCCGCCGCCGCGCUCGCUGGCUGGCCCGCUGCGGCCGCCCGGCUCCCGAGGCUGGAGAGGACCGCUGGUACCACCGCCAUCGUUUCGGCCCCAGCCCCGGCCCCGGCCCCGGCCCCGGCCUCGGCCUCGGCCCCGGCCCCGGCCCCGGCCCCAACCCCCCGCCCGGCCGGGCGAUGAAGUGUCACUAUGAGGCGCUGGGGGUGCGGCGCGACGCCAGCGAGGAGGAACUCAAGAAGGCCUAUCGGAAGCUGGCCUUGAAAUGGCACCCGGAUAAAAAUCUAGAUAAUGCUGCAGAAGCAGCUGAACAAUUUAAAUUAAUCCAAGCAGCAUAUGAUGUGUUGAGCGACCCUCAGGAAAGAGCAUGGUAUGAUAAUCAUAGAGAGGCUCUACUUAAAGGUGGGCUUGAUGGAGAAUAUCAAGAUGACAGUUUAGAUUUGCUUCACUAUUUCACUGUUACCUGUUACUCUGGUUAUGGAGAUGAUGAGAAGGGCUUUUAUACAGUGUACCGUCAUGUUUUUGAAAUGAUUGCAAAAGAAGAGCUAGAAUCUAUCUUAGAAGAAGAUGUCGAGGAAUUUCCAUCUUUUGGAGACUCCCAAAGUGACUAUGAUAAGGUAGUUCAUCCAUUCUAUGCUUACUGGCAGAGUUUCUGCACACAGAAGAACUUUGCUUGGAAAGAAGAAUAUGAUACCCGACAAGCUUCAAACCGCUGGGAGAAACGAGCCAUGGAAAAAGAAAACAAAAAGAUUCGAGACAAAGCAAGGAAAGAAAAGAAUGAGCUUGUCCGUCAGUUGGUAGCUUUUAUCCGAAAAAGAGAUAAAAGAGUACAGGCUCACCGAAAGCUUGUAGAGGAACAGAAUGCAGAGAAAGCAAAAAAAGCAGAAGAGAUGAGACGGCAACAGAAACUAAAGCAGGCAAAGCUGGCAGAGCAGUACAAAGAACAGAGCUGGAUGACAGUGGCCAACUUGGAGAAGGAGCUCAGGGAGAUGGAAGCACGGUAUGAAAAGGAAUUUGGAGAUGGAUCAGAUGAGGAAGAAACGGAGGAACAUGAGCUCAAAGAUGGACAGGAUGGUAAAGAUAGUGAUGAGGCUGAGGAUGCUGAGCUUUAUGAUGACCUUUACUGCCCAGCAUGUGAUAAAUCUUUCAAGACAGAGAAGGCGAUGCGAAAUCAUGAAAAGUCAAAGAAACAUCGGGAAAUGCUUGCCUUAUUAAAACAACAGUUGGAAGCAGAAGAAGAAAAAUUUUCAGGACAUCAAACUGAGGAGAACCUAUUGAAUGACAGUUCUGAAGAAGAGAUGGAGGAUGCUCCAAAACAGAAACUUUCUAAGAAGCAGAAGAAAAAGAAGCAGAAACCAACACAGAAUUAUGAUAAUUUCAAUGAAAAUGGUACUGGAGAAGCAGUCAAGGGUGAUCCUGAAGAAGACACCAGCUUAAACCAGUAUGCCAAAGAACUAGAAGACAGUCCUCCAGAAAAUGUCAGUGUCACAGAGACUGUUGAACUCUGUGAUGACACAAAAUGUGGAGCUAAAAGUAUUCCUAAACCUAAAGGAAAGAAAGCCAAAGAUAUGAAAAAAUCUCUCAAAGUAUCUGCUGACCCACAAACAAUGGGUGACGUUCUUAUCAGUUGUACAACUUGCCACAGUGAAUUUCCAUCCCGGAAUAAGCUUUUUGACCAUCUUAAGGCAACGGGUCAUGCAAGAGCACCUUCAUCAGCAUCGUUAAACAGUGUAACAAGUUGUCGAAGCAAGAAAGAGAAACGUAAAAACAGAUAGAAACUCUGCUAACACUUUUCUUUUUGUCUCUAGAAAACCAAAAACUGAACUGAAAUCAUCUAAAGAGUUAAAAUUUCCAUGAUCUGCAAUUUAUUGCAUUGUCGAAGAUUAUUUUUAUCUUAUAAAAGCGUUUUUUGUUUAAUAUAUAUUUUUAAACAUUUCAUUAGUGAUUGAAUUCUACUUUUGCCAUCUGAGUUGACUUGAAUGUCUCAAAACACAUAAAUAUUGUAAAAUACGCAUUUUUGAUUUCUGUUGACUCAUAUGAACAGAAAUGUACAGGGAGAAUUAAAUUAUUUUAACACAUA